AAGCAUUCCCAUGAGUCAGUUGUGCUCAACCGGUCGCGGACGGAGGACUGUGUCGUACGGAGUACAUCGUUUCACUCUCGUACGUACGCACAAACGUUUGCCAUACCGAGUGUGACGUGUUUCUUUGCUCUCUUCCACGUUCCUUUUAUUAAGGAAACGCGACUCUUGCUUCGCAACGGUGUUCGAGGAACGCUCGAUUACUGGUGCGCGAAAUUAAUAUCGGAGUUUUGUCACUUUGUGCUGAACCUGUGACCGAAACUGAGGACUCUAGAAAUGAGAAAUUUUGUGGAGAAACAGCUGUCCUGGCUUGCUCUGUUGAUGACUGCAUUCUACUCUUUGCUCGGCAGUUGUCGGAGCCAGGAGUGCGGACACGAAAGACUUGUCAAGUGUGGAAGACCUUUUGAGAUGAUUAACAACAACGACUUGAGUUUCGCUACGAAGAAAGAAGAUUUGCAGCAAUUAUGCCCAGACUUGGAGGCCGGUAUAAAGUGUAUUCAGACUUAUACGUUUGAGUGCAUGAAGGAGAAACAAAGAGAACACUUCAAUUCUUUGUACACCGGCACCAACAAAGUAGUAAUGGAGCUGUGUCAGGAUGGCCCCUAUCAGGAUGAAUUCUUACGGCACGCGGCUUGCAUGCAAAAGGUGCAGCCCGAGUACGAGCUUUGCUACAAGAAAUAUCACAGAACCACACAGGAGAUUGAAAGAAGGAAUCACACAGCGAGCUUGAACGGAUCCCUCAAGGCUCUUUGCUGUGGCUUCAAGGAGUUUUUGGAAUGCUCCCAUCAUUCGAUUCGUCGGCAAUGUGGCGAUGACACGGCUCAAUUCGCGAAGCAGUUCCUUGACAGAAUGUCGAGUUCGCUUCUGAAGGAACAUUGCGCGGCGUACACGGAAAAGGUGUGCGCGAUCGGCAGCGGCGCGAACGCGUUCAGGGCAAGCACAAUGGCGGCGAUGGUGUUGGUGGUGCUCGCGAGGUACUUCACGUAAGGCGAUCAAACAACACUCGUUGCCGGAAAAAGGGAACAAUUUCCGUGCACCGCGAGCACCCUGCUGAAACUGAGGCCCUCCGUUCGUUCUCCGUUCUUCAGAUUCGCCAAAGUGUACUUUUUCAUUUUCAAAGAGAAAAUCGUGAAGGAGCCACGCACACGCGAGCUUCUCAGGUACUCUUCACCGGAAGUCGAUAAAAAUCGAAAGGAGGACAAUAACAGAGGGGUAAGAGGACAAGUUCGCCACGUUCUUCGUAACAACUUCCGCCCGGAAACACGUGUCACGCGAGGCUGCGCGCGCGUUUCUCGGAAACAAUGGGCGAACGAGAAUCGUGGUAUCCAGGAUCGAUGGCCAGUGAAUAAUCGAGAGUCUCAUUUAGCGAGUAAAUUGUUCCGCUCGAGUAUUGGCCAUCCGAAAGGACACAUGUCUCGCGUGUCGCGUGAAGGAAAGGACAGAUGCAAUCUGGGAAGAGAGCAUCGAGUGAACGUUAGAAAUGGCCGCGAUCAACGGUCGAAAUAAGUUCUAUUUUUAUCUUGGUUAUCAAAAACCACUGUAAACCAAUACUCCAAUCUCGAGCCGAUCAACCGUUCGAGCCUGUGUUCAAUUCUCUGCUGUGAACUGUAACCCCGUAAGAAAGCUCAAGAUAGAAGCCAAAAGUAAUCAGAAUUUUAUAAAAUUUAUUCGCAUUAGGAAUCUCCAAAUAAGGACAUUCUCUUUCGAGCGCUUUGAAUCACCGGUUAACAAGCUUUAGCGAAAAUUUACAGAGAAUUGAAGAUGACUACGAGUCGUCGCUAGAAGUACAAACAUGCUAUUUGUCGUUGGAAACAAGAUCCCUAGCAUAUCAAUUCGAACCUGUAAAUGAACUAUUUUAAAGAGCAACUUCUGUUUCGAUGCAACAAUACGAACGUGUCGUGUGCAGCAUGCGCAACAAAAUAGCGCGGUUAAGUCCGGGAAUCGGAAAGGCGAAGAUCAAAUUAACGUACUUUUCGAUUCGAACAUCAUCGAGAGUAUAUCGAACGAGAGGCUCUAUGCACUCGAGUGAACCGAAAGGUGGAAAGAAGAAAAAGGCGACAGGAGCUUUCAACGGUGAGAAGAGGACGCUGUUCUUCCGGUACGUGUCUCGGUUAUCGCUGUAAACACGGCAAGAUGGCGGGGACGAGCUUUCGAACGGUUGAUUCUCCCGUUGAAAAGGAAUUACUUCCAGAGUAGUGGGCGAUAGAAAGUUGCGCCGUGACAGACCGAGGCGUCGCAAUCUCACUGACCCGUCUUUUUCAGUUAAAUUUUCGAUAACGAUUUAAUGCCCAGACACGUGAAAAGACGAUAGAGAGAAAGGCGAAAAUAAGGGACAAUUCUCGCGGAGAAGUUUGUUGUUCGGUUGUUUUGAAGGCACCUUGUUUCCCCCUGGGAGAAGAAGGCAAUCAGUUAUCGGAUCAACGAGAUAUUAUAUUGCUUCGGCGAUAAAUGAGAAACUCCGAGAAGCAGGUGUAUCGAAAGCUUGUGUGACAGUCUCCUUUGAAAUUGAGGUUAUGUACGUUUUGCCAUCGUGUUGUUUUGUUACGACUUUGUUUGGAGACUACUCGAAUCGAUUUCCGAGAAUAUUGCAGAAAGGGGAGAAAAUAUUCGGAAAAUGUUGAGAACCGUGUUGACCUCGAUUGCAUUUCAUUUUUCGAAUUCGGAAGGAAAGAUAGUACAGUAUCGAUUAUGCUUGCCUUUCCCAGGGGAAAUGAAAGACCCUUUAUUUCUAUUUAACGUAUUAAUUUCAGUUUGAGUGGUUGUUUUUUGGUGUAUAUACGAGUGCAGCGAUGGUUUUCUUUUGAUUAAAGGAAGAGUACGGAAAUAGGAAGUGUUUACUUAAUAAUAAUCUAAGUUAUGCGAAAUAAAAUUCGCUCAAGUGAAUGUAAAGUUCUUUUAGAAAAAAUGACAAUAUAGCAGAAGGAUAUUUGCUUUUACACUCGUAUUAAUAAUUUGAGACUCUGAGGAAAGUCUAUUAUUUUCGAUACUGUACAGUGUACGCAAAUAAUAGUAUGUACAUUAAGGCGAUGCUAAAAAUUCAAUCUUUAAAAUAAUGUUUGCAUACUUUAACAUUUUAUUCUACACGAUGCAAAAUUAAAUC